UUCCACUGACGUCCUUAUUAUGGGUAGCUUCACAGGCCAGGGCCACCAGGGAACCAAUGGGCGCUGAUUUACAUUUUAUACAGUAAGUAGUAAGCUAGCUGUAUUUUCUUCACAAAUACCGGGAGUGGAACCUUUUGCACCAAGAAACACAGAGAUAAAGGUCCGGACAAAAGCUGCAGGAAUGUCUGAAGUCAGUGUUGAAGCUGAGUCCAGGAAGGCUCCAGCCCAGGACAUGCAAAUGGGUUCAUCUUUGGAGGCUAAGAAUACUGAAGAAUUUCGAAGAGCAAGCAAGGAGGAUGCUCACAGCUUUGAUUGUACUGACUAUGUACUGAACAAUGAUGAAGUUCCUCAUGAUGACAGAGCAGAAAACGACAGUGAUGUUCAAAAUGACAACAAUAAUGCUGAAGACUACGAUGGUGCUCAAAAUGAUAAUAUUCAGAGCAACAAAAUUACACAAACCAGUGUGAAUGCUGAGCAUGAUGAUGAUGUUCCAAACACUAGUGGCAAUGCACAUUCUGACAAUGCCGGUGCUAAAAGGGAAAAUUGCCAUACAGUGACUACUGAUAAUGAUACAGCAAAGGAACAAAAGAAAAAUGAAGAUACUCAUACAAAGGACAGCACUAUGGAUGAGGAGGUCCACAGGAGCCCUGCGGCAGAGAUAUCGGUCACCAGCAAUGGAGACUUGGAGGAGAGCCACGAAGAUGUGUUCAGGGACCCUUCUUACGGUGACCUGAACCUGUCAGAAAGCCAUAUCAGCUCCGGCAACUUUGCCUCGAUGACGGAGGGCAUCAUUGAAUCGGGACCAUACAAAGGUACUAUGCAAGGGCAGCCACAUAGCGGGCCGGUGGUCCUGGCAGAUGACUUGAAGAACCCGGCCAUGGAGAAACUGGACCUAGUAAGGAAGUGGAGCAUCAACACAUACAAAUGCACCAGGCAGAUCUUGUCGGAGAAGCUGGGCCGCGGCUCACGGACGGUGGACCCGGAGCUGGAGGGGCAGAUCGAAGUGCUGCGCGACAACAAGCGCAAGUACGAGCACGUGAUCAAGCUGACCCAGACUCUGGCCAACCAGCUCACCCAGAUGAUGCAGACUCAGCGGCAGCUGGGCGAAGCUUUCGCUGACCUCGGCCUCAAGUCGCCGGAACUCCAUGAGGAGUUUGGCUACAAUGCUGACACUCAAAAACUUUUGUCCAAAAAUGGGGAGACCCUAUUGGGAGCAAUCAACUUCUUCAUUGCCAGUGUGGACACACUGGUGGACAAAACAAUUGAGGACACUAUGAUUAACAUCAAACAGUAUGAAAUUGCCAGAGUUGAGUUUGACGCGUACCGCACAGACCUGGAGGAAUUGAACCUGGGCCCGCGGGAUGCCACCACGCUGCCCAAGAUAGAACACUCCCAGCAACAGUUCCAGAUCCACCGCGAGAAGUAUGAGAAGAUGCGCAACGAUGUCUCCGUCAAGCUCAAAUUCCUGGAAGAGAACAAGGUGAAAGUGUUGCACAACCAGCUGAUCCUCUUCCACAAUGCCAUCGCGGCAUACUAUGCAGGAAACCAGCAGCAGCUGGAUCAGACGCUCAAGCAGUUCCACAUCAAGUUGAAAAUGCCCGGCGGGGAUACGCCAUCUUGGCUGGAGGAGCACUAAUCAACCGACCCACCCCUCCCAAAAAAUCCACUGUGGUUUGGUCUGGAGAGGCUCCAGAAUUACUGUGAAGCAACAGGAAACGCUCUCCGCUCCUUGUCUGCCUCUGUUCCUCCCACUUUUCUUCAGGAUUGUAAAAGGUUUUUAGGCAAAGCAACACUAAGACAAAGAAUUAAUUAAAAAACAAAAAUAUUUGUCAAUCUCUUGUUUGAUAAACUGUAAGUUCUGUUUUCUACUAUUUUCUCUUGUUCUUCCUGUACAAGGAAAUCCAUUGACUGUUGUUCUAAUCGUGAAGUGGCACUCUUUCUCUCGUUCCCUUUUUUACUUUGAACUGUUGCAGUUCUUUUAGAAUCAUGGGAAAUUCACUUUUUGGGGUUGAUUUGACAAAUCUAGUGAGAAGCACGGAAAUGUUAAAUACAUUUUGAAAAGUGAAUGGCCUUUUUACUCCAGCUUAUUAAUGUUGUAGCUCGAUACCGCAGAGACAUUUUGGGGACAAAAUGUCCGUCCUCUAUUUGGCUCUGCAUCCAGUUGGAUAAUUUAUCUCCACUUGUUGUAAAAGUCUGGCCACCCAUUGAUGAAGUAACACUAAUGAUAGGCAUCAUUAAAUUUACAUGAUGUAUCAUAAGCUUGUGUGACACCUGUUAUACCCAGUGUAUGACUGUAGGAAAUGGAUUACCGCAGCCUUGGAAUUCGAUAGCGUAGAUUAGAUGGUUGGUUUUCACUGUUUGUCAUUGUUGAAGUAAUGAUGUUCAAGUAGUGUUAACCAUUUGUGUUUGUAUUUGACUUUAAUCAUGGGUAUAUGAUGGACAAUAUUAAUUAUUGAAUUGAACAUUUUGUAAUUCCAGAGAAAUUGAAGGACCAGCCUUACCACGUGAACUUGAUGUGCCUUGUUUUAUGUCUGUACAACUCUCUCGCUCUGUCUGGUGUUUCAGCUAAACACAGCCCUCUCACACUAUCCAUCUACUGCUAUGUGGUCCUGAAGCUGGCAAAGAAUGGACCAAACAUACCUACAUUACAUACACUCCAAACCAACAUAAACCACUCAAUUGUCCCAUUUCACUAUUACCUCGCCGUGUGAGUCGAAUCCUUUUUGCCGCAUUUGAGAAGGGGGGUAAAUACGAGUAAACAGCUAGCGAUUUAGCUGCUAAUUAAAGAGUGAGACUUAUCUGCUUUAAAACUAACCUGUAUGCUAAACGAGAACGUAAAUGUUUGCAUUUUGGAAUCAGAGCAACAAAAGUUCAGUCUUGGCAUUGUACAACGACAAUCUCUAUGCUAGUUAAUGGCGCAAACAGCACAAUGUGACAGUGAAAUAGGGUGAUUCCCUUGACUUUCCAAUUGCAGUCACUUUUUAAAACGUUAUCCUCUCAAGUAUAUAAUAUCGCACAUUUAUGUACUAUGAGACAAAAAAAACACUUGUGUAAGAACUGUGUAUAUGGGAUGAACCCUAAAUGAAAGUGGACUUGAAAAACUUAUUGUACAUAGGAAAGACCAGCAUCCUUUUCUUGAGCUUCUAACCUUUUGAAUAAUUAUUUUCUGAAUACUAUAGUUAUUUCCUUCGAAAGGACCACAGGUAUUCUAGCCAGCUGUCUCGUCCCUGCGGGCAAAAUAUGGCAUGGGAUUUCAUAAUGAUAUAUUCUGGUUGUUGAAAUGUUAGAUAGCCAGGUGAAGACCUCUUUUUCAUGACGCCAUCUUUUGGUUAUCUGGUAAAAUUAUAUCUGAAAACCUUCCCUUUAGAACCUGACCAUAAUGUUCACAAAAGACAUCAUAAUGACGGUAUUGCAACCCCUUUUGCCCACUGGGGUUCCAGUCUUCUACCUACAGUACCGUUCCUGCUGUACAACAGUGUGUGUGUAUUGUACAUCAAUCUGUUGUUCAAUGACAUGAUGUAAGCAUAGAUAAAUAUAUAUAUUUGUAAUUUCCUUUUAUCUUAGAUAUAUUAUAGGGUAUAUGGAUGAAGCCAUGGGGCAUUUUUCUCAUGCUGAUUAACAGAUGUUGAGUUCAAAAACAGGUUUCUGAAUGUUGUGCAAUGUCUUUUGGGGGAAAAUAAUAAAAUGUUUUCUUCAUAAA